AUGAAGUUUAACAUGCAUAAAAGAUCCGCGUUUCUAAAAUCUUUGCUAAUAGGAGGACGUUGUUUAGCCACGAAUUUUUCUACGAUUUCUGAAGGAAUUACAGAUUCAUUUUUGACAAGAAAUUCAUGCACGAGUGGUUGUAAUAUUGUAGUUUCAGAGGGUCCAUACAUGGUGGAUGAUUGCAAACACGACUUAUUAAAAACUAUAGUCCGUUUGGACUGUCUCGAGGAGGUAGAAGUUGAAGACGACUUUACUUCAUCACAACGUAUUAUGGGCUUGACAUAUUUGACGGAAGUUCGUGUCAUGAUAUAUGAUGUCAUGGAGCGAGUCACGGAGUGA